GUCUGACAGCUCGUCAAGGUACACGCUGUGAUCGGUCUGAUUUUUUUUAAUGUUAAAAAUAAAAACAUGGAAAGAACCGAGAUACGUGCUGUCAUCAAAUUCUACGUUUUGAAGGGAAAAACGGUCACGCAGAUCAAAUCCAAACUGAACGCGGUUCUCGGCAACUCGUCUCCCUCGAUAAGCACGGUCCACACAUGGGUAACCGACUUCAAACGCGGUCGGACGAGCUGCGAAGACGCGCACCGAAGCGGACGUCCGAACAAAGUUACGACCCCGGCGAUGAUUCAAAAGAUUCACAAAAUCGUUAUGGACGACUGCCGAUUGAAGCUGCGCGAUAUAGCAGAGAUAGUGGACAUCUCGUCCGAACGUGUGCACAACAUCUUGCACGAACACUUGAACAUGAAGAAGCUGUGCACACAGUGGGUGCCGCGGUUGCUCACGUUGGAUCAGAAACAACGUCGAAUGGACGUGUCAACCGAGUGCUUGCAACGUUACAAGCGUAAUCCGAAAGACUUCCUAAGCCGAUUCGUAACGGUUGGCGAGACCUGGGUUCAUCACUACACACCCGACGUCAAAGAACAGUGGACAGAAACCGAUCAGCCGGCACCGAAGAAAGCGAAAAUGAUUCCAUCGACCGGUAAUAGCAAGGUGAUAGCGACUGUGUUUUGGGACGCGCGUGGAAUCAUUUUCGUCGACUACUUCGAGAAAGGAAAAAUCAUCACCGGCGAGUAUUAUGCGAACUUGUUGCAACGUUUAAGCGACGAGAUCGAAGCGAAACGACCGGAUUUGGCGACGAACGAGGUGCUUUUUCAUCAGAAUGCGUCAGCUCGCACCUUGCCCGUCGUAAUGGCCAAGAUUUACGAGUUGGGUUUCGAAUUGCUGCCUCAUCCGUCUUAUUCGCCAGAUCUGGCCCCGUGCGAGUUUCACUUAUUUCCGAAUCUCAACAAAUGGCUCGGCGGAAAGAGAUUUUCGAGCAAUCACGAGGUCAUCGAUGCCGUAAACGUAUAUUUCGAAGAGCUCGAGAAAUCGUUUUACCAAAGUGGCAUCAGUGCUCUCGAGAAGCGCUGGUCGAAGUGUAUCGAGGCGAGAGGCGACUACAUUGACAAAUAAAAUACAUUUCAACUCAAUAGAUCGUUUUGUUUCAGGUACUUAUCACGCAAUCACGCCUGUGUACG